AUGUCGUACUAUCCCCCAAAUCAGCAGCCGCCAGGCUCGCCGUACAAUCCCGGAAACCCGGGUGUAGCAGGUUAUGCUCCUGGACAACAGCAGCUACCGUACUUUCCUCCACCUCCCGGCGCUCAAGGAGGCCCACCACCACCUCCUCCUCCUCCACCAGCACAACAGCCUGUCAACGCCGCGCCGGCCAUUCCAGCCCGGCCGCCUGGUUAUGAAACUCCGCAGACCUACUUGACGCCUCAUCCACCGGGGCACCAGCAGGCGCCGCAGCCACAGCCGCAGUGGACAUCCAACAUCGCGGGUCGGCAGUACCAGGUGCACUAUGCACCUCCACCUAAAAGUCCGACCAGGCCGCCGGAGCUCCCUCCCCGUCCUACCUCAGCGGCUCCUCCCUCUCCGGGAGCUUAUCAGGGCUAUUCCGCACUGCCAUCUGGCCCGUAUCACUCUUCUCAGCCCAGCCAUACCCCGUACGGAUAUAACAAUGGCUAUCCACUGCCGCCACCUCCGCCAGGACCACCUCCGGCGCAGUCCCCGUCGCCUUACCCAGCCGGGGGGCCGGGGUCAUCGUAUCCUCCGCCUCUGCAAGGGCCGCCAGCGGCGGCAUCACCAUACCAAUAUCAGCUCCAGCCAUUACCGGGUCCUUCGUCACAGCCCUCAACAACGUAUCAGGCACCUCCUCCACCUCCUCCUGGCCCGCCUCCGCCGCAGGCUGCCUCGCCUUAUCCUGGUUCGUCAUAUCAAACAAUAUAUCAGCCGAAUCCAGCGAGUUACCAGCCUCCUCCUCCUCCAGGGAUUACUAGCGGAGUAAUCUCACCUGAUGAUGUCCAUACACCAGGCAGAUCUCAGGGGUAUCCCCAAUAUUCUCCGGGAAUUGCGGAACUGGGCCCGUCGAUCUCAGUCUCAAGCCCUCCAGCAGAUGCCAAUGCAACUUCUCAGCCAUCUCAGCCGAACAACGCCUUUGUGCACAGCAUCACUCCCACGAAUCCUGCCCAACCGAAGCCUUCCAAGCCAGUAUCAGCCGUAGAGAACAUCAUCUCAUUCACGUCUCCGUCGCCACCCACCCCAGCGCAGCUAUCGCAAGGUGUUCAGGAAGGCUCUGCAGCUCGCCACGAUAUUGAGGGCGUCACAAAUGCCUUCCAAUCUAUGAAGGUUGGAUUCGACCCUAGGACAAGUAUGCCACCGCCUCCGCCACCUCCUCAACCACAGCAGCCGUCUCUCACAGGAUCAGUACCCAUUAUGCCGGGUGAUAACCAGCACGGUGCAAACAAUCCUACUCCUCCACAGCAUGGGCAGUAUCAGGAACCUCAGGCACAAACAUACCCGCCACCACCGACGCAGCAACCAACAGAAGGCGUUAAUAGCCAUGGCAAUUCCAGUGCUCCUCUGCCGAGCGCGGGACCUCCUCCGGGACCUCCCCCGCCCGACCAACUUCACAGGGCUGACUAUACCACACCAACCCAUGCCGAGAACACUCCGCAAGGACACGGACCCGCCACAACGAAGUGGACUCCGCGAAAUGAUUGGGAUCGACGAUACGAGAAAUAUGGCAUCAAGACUCUUCCGGUGUGUAUUGGCAGCGCGGUUCCGCUCAAGACGACUUGGUACACCCACCAGUCAGCGCCUAGCUAUCUGAUAUGCUCGAGGUGCUAUGUCGACCACAUCUAUCCUACUCGUUUCAAGGAUGACUUUAAAGGCGAAGAACUCGAGGCAGACAAGGCACAUAUAUGCCGUUUCCCUACUCUCAGGGUCAAAAAGGAGCUCUUCCCGCAGGUCGUGACGACGGGCGACUUGCAGCCGUUCUUGGACUACGCAAAUGCCCGUCUCGGACUUCCGGAGUGCAAAGGCGCCAAGGGAGCCAAGGGAUCUGAGGGCAUCAAGUGGUGGAGGGCCAAGAACGACGCGAUCCCAGGCCUGGUUAUAUGCGAGACGUGCGUGGAAGAUAUGCUCAAGUCUAGCCCGUUCAUGGCCAAGUUUGAGCCUGCUACUGGACAAGGAGAAGAGGACAUCUGGUCGUGCGAUCUCGCCCUUCCUUAUCUAGCCCGAGUCCUCCAGAAGACCAGGGAAACCGGGGACUGGACAGCAUUCAUGGAAGCCGCCAAUCUUCGAAUCCAGCUGCAAGCGGCGCAGCCCUGCCCCAGACUCCAGCACAUCCCUACGGAAAACAGAAACUUCUAUACUCCCCUCCAGGGCCCGCGACACUUGACUAUCUGCGAGUGUUGCUAUUUGGACCGGGUGAAGGACAUAGACGGCAUGGACUCGCAAUGGUUCCGCUCGACCAAGCGGGAGGAGAAGGUCCCAGGCGAGAAGGCCUCGUGCGACAUGGUCGAACCCAACAUCCUCAUGCUCAUGAUCAUGGCGGACGAGCGCGAGGACCCCUCGCUCUUCUUCACUGCCCUCGCGAAACUCACGGCCGAGCCCCACUGCGGGCUGGAGGGCGUCAAGACGAAGAGGUGGUACACGCUGCCCUCGGACCCGGCCGGCUUCGGCGUCUGCGGCGCGUGCUACGAGGGCACCGUCGAGCCCUGGGGGAUCUCGCGCUUCCUCAAGCCGAAGCCGGGCUGGGCCGCCGACGGCGAGGCACACCUGUGCGCCCUGAGCGCCGGCCACGCGCGCUUCGAGAGCAUGGGCCGGGCCCUGCUGCGCACCUUCUUCGCCGGCGACGCCGCGCAGUGGGACGAGUACGCGGGCGUGUACGCCGCCAUGCCGCGCUGCACGCGCGACAGCGACUGCAGGGGCCGCGAGUGGUACGGCUGGCCCGAGUGCACCAUCUGCCCGGAGUGCUACCACGAGUUCUGCCGCGGCACGGCGCUCGAGGCGCAGAUGCCCUGGCGGCGCAAGCUGCUGACGGGCUACAGCAUGUGCGAGAUGUACUCGCCGCGCAUGCGGGGCAUGUACGCCGAGGCGUGCGGCCGGACGCCGCCGGACGCGACGGAGCUGCGGCGGUACUCGGACCGGCGGCGCGUCGUCUACGCCAACACCAUCGUGCGGUGCCGCGAGAUGGUCAACGAGCAGCGGAUGGCGCUCGUGCAGCAGCAGAUGCUCAACCAGCAGAGCCUGUUCUACACGCAGCUCGGGCGCAACGAGGUCAACACGAUCGGCAGCCACCACACCUAUAGCCAGGCCGGGGUGGUCGGCACCUUCCGCAGCCAGUGGGAGCUCGACGGGGCGCGGUACGGGCAGCAGGCCAACGAGGUCAUGCGGAACGCGACGCGGCCGGGCAAGGCCAUGAUGGUGGCGGAGCUGGAGAGGCAGUGGAGGGCGGUAGAGUAA